AUGCUAUAUGAUCAGCGACCCUGUCCAUUGGAUAUAACAAUUACCGGCGCCGGCAUAUCCGGUCUCUCGACUGCAUUAGCCCUAUCGAACGUAAACCGUGAGCACAAAAUCACAGUCUUGGAAUCCAAUGCAUCCCUCAGCGAGUUUGGUGCCGGUGUCCAACUCUACGCAAAUAGCACUCGACUCCUGGAUAAAUGGGGACUGACAUCAUCCUUACCGAAGGUCGCCUUCCAAUCCUCACACAUGUCCGUUCGUCGAUGGCAAGAUAACGCAGAGCUUGUCUCGAUUAUGAAUAAUCCCACCAGUACAUGGCUGUACGAAUGGCCCCAAUGGCAGAUUUAUCGACCAGAUCUUCAGCGCGUAAUCUUUGAUCGCGCCAACGAACUUCCAAACGUAAAUAUACUCUUCGGGUAUUCCGUUGCAGAUAUGAACCACGAGACGGGCACUGUCUACACAGCGGAAGGAAGUACCAUCAAGGCAGAUCUCACGGUCGCUGCAGAUGAAAUCUGGUCAAAGUCUAGGCGAUGUUGGAACUAUGCGCGACCUUGUAUCUGGAUGGUCUAUGCCAGUGCGUCUGGGCGCGUGGUGCUGAUUGGGGAUGCGGCGCAUGCACUUCUACCUCAUGCAGGCCAGGGUGCUGGGAUGGCGAUGGAGGAUGUUGCAAGUUUGGCUGAGUUUGUCGGAUUUUCCACUUCCAAGGACAACCUGUCGACCACCAUGAGCGCAUGA